UGUAUAAAUAAAAAUAUAAAUCAUCUUCACUUUAUAUGAGCUAAAUAUUUAGUUAAUACUUGAAUACUUUAAUAUUUUGUUAAUUUUAGUAGUAACUAAUACUACUUAAUGAACAAUAAAAACAUUGUCAGCCAAUCAGAAUCCAGUUGACUUUUAUCAGCUCAACCUUUAGAAGACUUUGAAAAUACAACACAGCAUAUUAAGUUGUAAAAACAAAAUAUUAAGUUGAAAGAACUCCUGCUAUGAUAUUUUUUUUCCAUUUACAUUUCUUGUGUUUAAAAGAGCAGCUCUGACAUUCGGCCUUUUUCGUUUUCUCAGAAUACAGGGCAUUACAGGGUUGGAAUGAAUGAGGUUAAGUAAUAAUGACACAGUUUUAUUUUUAGCUGAACUAACACUUAUAGAGUUGUUGCUGUAUGAGCAGUUACUCAAAGUGGAGAAAUAGAGAAGUUUCUGUAAUCUCCAGUAAGGGAAGCUAAACGGUGUGCAGCCCCCCUCCCAGCCUGUGAAAAUGGACACUCCUGGUGUAUUUAUAGACUAGACACGACAAGCACUCUUUCUUAAGAGCCCAACGGUUGCUCACAUUCGUCAUAACCACAUGAUAUUUGGUUCUAGAAGCUACUCACUACUGUGUCUUUCACAAAUUUAAAUUUAUUAGAAAAUUUACAGAUGACUCCAGCAUUCUAACCAGACGGACACCAAGAGAAUCACUGAAAGCAAUAAGGGAUUACUAUGGAGAAACCGGUGUUACAAACACAGCCCUCUAUGCUGCCCUUCUUCGACACAGCCCAUGCAGUCAACUUGCUCCGUGGGAUCCAUGAGCUCCGUGCCGAGCGCAAGUUCUUCGACGUCACUCUGUGCGCCGAAGGCAAGGAGUUCCAUUGCCAUCGGACUGUGCUAGCAGCUGCCAGCAUGUACUUCCGUGCCAUGUUUGCUGGGACUCUUCGAGAGAGCGUCAUGGACCGUGUGGUGCUGCAUGAAGUAUCGGCAGAACUUUUGGGCCUCCUAGUGGACUUUUGCUAUACUGGUCGUGUGACUGUCACGCAUGACAAUGUGGAUCUCUUGCUCAAGACAGCAGAUCUGUUCCAGUUCCCUUCUGUCAAAGAAGCCUGCUGCGCAUUUCUGGAGCAGAGACUUGAUGUUUCCAACUGCUUGGAGAUCCAGGACUUUGCUGAGGCUUACGCCUGCCGCGAGCUAGCAGCUAGUGCUCGCCGUUUUGUGUUGAAGAACAUUGUGGAGCUGGCAAAGAGCAUGGACUUUGAACGGUUGUCGUGGAAGCGCCUGCUGGAGUUUGUGUCUGAUGAUGGACUAUGUGUGGAUAAGGAAGAAACAGCAUACCAGAUUGCUGUGCGCUGGGUCAAGGCUGACUUGCAACACCGGUUGCAUUACUGGCCUGAGUUGUUACAGCAGGUACGACUGCCAUUUGUUCGCCGUUUCUAUCUUCUGGCUCAUGUGGAGAGUGAUCCACUUGUCUACUUGUCACCAGCCUGUUUGCGGUUAGUCAGUGAGGCACGCAGUUUUCAGUCAUAUGAAUAUGACCGCCAUGACCGACCUGGUCAUCGAAUGCGCCCGCGUCCAUCCACCGGCCUGGCUGAAAUUCUGGUGGUAGUGGGAGGAUGUGAUCAAGACUGUGAUGAACUUGUUACUGUGGACUGUUACAACCCACAGACCGGACAGUGGAGAUACUUGGCCGAAUUCCCAGACCACCUUGGAGGUGGCUACAGCAUAGCCGCCCUGGGAAAUGACAUUUAUGUGACAGGUGGCUCAGAUGGUUCACGUCUUUAUGAUUGUGUUUGGCGGUACAACUCCAGUGUGAACGAGUGGACAGAGGUCUCCCCUAUGCUGAAAGCCAGAGAGUACCACAGCUCUUGUGUCCUGAAGGGUCAGCUGUAUGUGGUCGGGUCUGACAGCACAGAACGUUACGAUCAUACUAUUGACUGCUGGGAAGCUCUCCCGCCCAUGCCCCAUCCCAUGGAUAACUGUUCUACUACAGCAUGUAGGGGACGCCUCUACGCCAUUGGAUCUUUAACAGGAGAGGACACGAUGGCAAUUCAGUGUUACGAUGCUGAAAGCAACCGCUGGUCACUUCUCAACAGUGGAGAACUGCCUCCAUGGUCAUUUGCCCCUAAAUCCGUGACCCUUAAUGGCUUGAUCUACUUUGUAAGAGAUGAUUCGGCAGAAGUUGAUGUCUACAACCCACAGAAAAACGAAUGGGACAAGAUUAGUCCCAUGACACAAGUUCAUGUUGGAGGAAGCGUGUCAGCUCUGGGUGGUCGGCUCUAUGUGUCCGGUGGUUAUGACAACACCUUCGAGCUGUCUGAUGUGGUUGAGGUCUACGACCCCUCUUCUCGAUCAUGGAGCCCGGCUGGCCGGCUCCCCCAGCCCACAUUCUGGCAUGGAAGUGUGAGCAUAUUCCGACAGUUCAUGCCUCUUGUUCAGAGCACAUUUGAACCCAUCGACAUACCCGAGGCCAACGCCAUUCACCUCCACAGACACCACCGCAACCAGGCGCUUCACAACCACAACAACAACGUCAAUCAGAACCACAACCAAGAAGUCAAUCAAGUGCACUGAGAACUUUUCAGAACAACGAGACUGAAGGUCAUUCAAUGUGACGUUGCACUUUAUCACAUUCACCUCAACUGGGCAGCAAAGGGAGCUGGUAAAUGGACAAUCAGUGUUUGCAUUAUUUCUCCCAGUAACCCAGAGUUACUACAGCUUUAAUUGUUGCAUGCAUUUCUAAUGCUGGCUGUGUUUAUUUUGAACAGGCACUUGAAAUAGUGCCUAUGAUAUCAUGUUUGGCAGACUUAAUGCAAUUUACAUGUAUGGAUUGCAUGAAGCUCAUUUUUUAAAUUUUAUUUUUUAGUAAAUUAAAGGGGUAUGUUCACACAAUAUGUAAAAAUUCACUUCAUUUAAGAUGUAGGUGACUUAGAUUUUCAGCGAAAGUUUUUUAGCCGAAGCCAUGGCUAUACAUUGAGGUCUUAUGAAGCAAAACAACAGGAAUCUGAAUGUUAUUUGCAACAUUAAUAUCUUUAAUGCACAGUAAAAGUGCCAGUACAUCUUUUUGCUUCAUAAGACCUCACUGUUUAAUCAAGAUCAACUUAUAUUAAUUUUGUUUUGCCUAUAUUAUGAUUAUAUGACUUAUAUGAUUAUAUGAACGAAUCAAAAAGGACCGCGCGGUUUUCAGCAACAAUCUUUCUUAAUGUUCCACUGAAGGGAAAUGUCACCUACAAUUAGAUAUCCUGAAGGAUGAUAUAAUAUAAUAUAAUAUAAUAUAAUAUAAUAUAAUAUAAUAUAAUAUAAUAUAAUAUAAUAUAAUAUAAUAUAAUAUAAUAUAAUAGUAAAACCCCAAGCAUUCCAAAAGUUGAAACUUUGGAUCACUUAGAUUUAGGCAUGGGCCGGUAUAAGAUUCUGACGGUAUGAUAACCUUGAAUAAAAAUGUCAUGGUAUUGUGAUUACUUCUCUAAAAUAAGUUAAUUUUUAAUGUCUGGGUAAAAAACCACAACUUUUUUCUCCCUAUUGAACAUAAUAUAUAUUUUAUUUUAAAAAAAACAUUUUAAAUAUUUUUAUCAGUUACUAUUGAUGUAGAAGUUCCUUUUCUGCUGGAGAUACUGUUGCCCUAAAAACUAAACAAAAUAGUUGUGAAAAACAUGUGAAGAAAAAAUAAAAAUAAAAUAAGAAUACCUUAGAAUGGUAUAAUAGAAAACUUUUCCAAACCGCUGUAAACCUUGAAACCGGUUAUCGUCCCAUGCCUACUUAGAUUGCUCAAAUUCUGCAAUAUGGAAAACAAAUGGUGUUUUAUGUAUGCAGAGUGUGAAAUUAAAUAUUUUUAGCAAUCCAAGCCUUUACAUAAAACAACUGAAUUUUGUUUGGCAUAAAGGUAAAAAUUGUGCCCCAGUGUAACUUAUUUCUUUAUCUAUCUUUCUAGAAAUGCAUAUGUCAGACAAUCUAGUGUGCAUGCUGUGGUCACAUUGAAUGUGAAUCUGUAUCAGACUUGCUUUUAAACUCGUUUUAAUAUAAAAUGAAGUUUCUAGUUAUCUAAACAUUGUUUAUUUAGUUUAUGAGAAACUGCUUGUUUAAUUAAGCUGAUCAUGAAGGAUACAUGAGGAGCAGAUGACAAAAUUGAUUUCUUUUUGUCAUUGUAUUAGGAUGCUGUAUUAAUAACUGGAACUAGUAAUUCAGUAUCUCACUAUUCUUUAGUAAAUAUGUGUGUUUGACAAUACCAGUGCUUUUUAAAAUUAUUAUUUACAUGCUUAUGCGGUACUUUUAUUUUAUUUUUCUUACAACGUUUGGUUUGUUUUGUGGCCAAAAUCGAUUGUACAAGAUGAUGUACACGAAGUGAUGACUUGUGUUUUUAUGUGUGGUCAACCAAUAAAUGACGGCCAGCACUGUUACUUUUGCU